AUGUUGAAAGAACAGCCUCCAGUGGGUGGAGGCUUCGUCCGGGACGAUGCCUUCGACUCCACGAAGAAGAGGCGGAUCGACACGACUUUCGAGACGCAUCCUUCGCCCGCCGCGAAAAGAGCUCGAUUAGAGCAGAUGGAGGUGCAACAGCCGAGAGUUAAGAACGAGGAAUCAGAUCAGGUGGCCAAGACGAUCCUCCAGCAGCGAAAGCCUAAACGUCCCUACGCCUCGUUUCUCGAAAACUACGUUAAUCCGGACCCUUCCCCGAAUCUAUUGAAACGCUUAUUUCUGAGUGGCUUGAGUCUGUGGAAACAAAAUGAGCUCGAUUACUAUAUGGCGAACGUUGAUAGUUUCUUGCUUCAGAAGCCCGAAGAUUACAUCCAGUUCCACAACUACACCCGGAAUAUCAUUGACUGGGAGAAGGACAAGCGGCUAAACGAGAUUCGGCGUUCCCUAGACAGCCUUCUGGAAGAGACUAGGCAGAGAACCUCGGAGGUAGCGAAGUCCCGUCCGCCACCGUCUGAUGGCUCUGCGACAAGCAGCGGCAAAGCGCAGGUCCUCAUCGUCGCGCAAAGAGAGCAGAGCUAA